UCUCUGCGUUGAUUAGCUGGGUCUGGCUCGCUGUCUCUGCGUUGAUUAGCCGGGUCUGGCUCGCUGUCUCUGCGUUGAUUAGCCGGGUCUGGCUCGCUGUCUCUGCGUUGAUUAGCCGGGUCUGGCUCGGUAGCGGCGGUUGUGUCAGUGUGUAGCUCGGUACCGGCUGUUGUAGAUCCGCCAUGGCUCAGGAUGUCGCCCGGCUGUCUAAGAACCUGUUGCGGAUGAAGUUUAUGCAGCGGAGUCUUGAUGCAGAGACUAAGAAGCAGUUAGAAGAGGAUGAGAAAAGAAUAAUCAGCGAUGAACACUGGUACUUAGAUUUACCCGAACUGAAGGAGAAAGAGAGCUUUAUCAUUGAAGAGAGAAGUUUUCGCCCAUGUGAAGAUUUCCUUUUUGGCAGAAUGUCCUUCAAGGGGUUUAAUCCUGAGGUUGAGAAGCUGAUGGUUCAAAUGAACUCACAGACAAAGGAUGAAGAGGUUGUAGAUGAAGGAAAAAUGGAAGUUGAUGUCACAGAUGAGGAGAUGGCACUAAGAUAUGAGUCACUAGUCGGCAGUAUCCAGAGAAAGUUUGCGAAAAAGAGAGACCAGAAGGUGCUGGAGGAUGAAGACCAAAAUAGAAAUAUCAAAACCACCAAAAUAAAGAAGGCUUUCCUGAAGCCGAAGGAUUAAAUGCUUUUUUUUUUUUUUUAUGUGAAAAUAUUUUUUUAGUAGUCGGUCUAAACAAAACAGAAAUGCAUUGGUACACAUCAGACUGUAAGAUCAGAUGGCUAUAUAGGUACAUUCAGAGUAUAGAAAACCAUGACAUUGUUAUGCAAGGUCGGAUCCUUUUUAUCCAGAGAAUAAGCGAACCCAGCAUGACGGCCUGAUUAGAAGAGCAUUGCUUUGCAAGACCAAAUAUUUAACUUUGUAUAAAGAAAUCUAUUUUAAAUAUCUGGACUCUAUAAGAGUGUUUUGUUUUGUUUACAGUAGUAUAUGAUGUAUGAUUUUCUAUGAUUUUGUUAAAUUGUUAAUUGGAAGUGGAAACAUUCUAGGAAGCAGAUUCAUAUGAAGUGAAAGUUGUAUAGUGAGGGAGGACAUUUCCUGUAGACCGAUCACCAGAAAACAUUGUUUAUAGCCACACAAUUGAAAACCAUAUUCCUAACGUGAGACUAAGUAUUGUACACUCCCCAAUUCUUUGGAACUUAAGCGUUUUCCAGAUUAGUUUUAAUUGGGAUAUUUUAUAUGAAACCUGAACAUAUGGGGAGGGGGAGGUUUGAGGAGCAUAGAGACCCACUGGUAUAAUUUAUUGAAAAAUGUGUGGUUAUCCGUCAGAGAUCUGGACGUUUUGCUGUGGGAUGUGGAUGUUUUUUUAUACCUUAAUACAUGGCCCCUAUUGCCUUUUGCACACCCAGGUUGCUCGUUGUUUUUGUAUUCUUGGGAGAGCAUCCAUUGAACUGGUUGGGGAUGCCACUUGUGAGAAAAGCUUGCAGGUUUAUCCAAGAUGUGGGAAGUAGAAACCCCAUUGAUUUGAAACAAGUGUUUUCCCAGCAUGUCUGUUCUUUAGUGUUUGUUUUGUGCUAGACUUGUGCAAAAAUUCCUUUUUAAUCCACACUGAAUGAAUUGAUCUGCGCAGAAUUAACUUGUGGUGUCUUAUUAAAUGAAUAAGACUCCAUAUCCCGGAUGGAUUGUAGAUUAAAAGGUAUUUGAUUUGAAUGAAUUGGCUGAAAUGAAUUUUUGCUCAAGUCUAUUUGCCCCCCAGUGUGUGAUUGACUAGCGGAGGAGGGAACAAGUUUGGAAAUGCUGGAUAAUAAACAGUGAAUAAUACCUGGAACAAGUCCAUGUUGUAACUGUAAUCUUUAUUUUAUAUAUUCUUAUUUAUUUUAUUUUUUUUUAAACAAACUAAGCAGGUUUCAGAAAUAUUGACACGCGAUAUGGGCUAAUCAGAAAGUACUAAAUAAUGCUGCAAUGUAAACAUCUCAUGGCCAGUUUGGUUGUGUAUGUAUAUUAAUGGCCUAAUUGUUAUCGCUGCACAAUUCAUGUUUUAAACCGUCUCUGGUCAAUCAUAGAAAAAUAAAAUAAAAUCCCUGCUUAGAACUGUAA